AAAAAAAAAAACCAAGAUGGCAUCGAGUUCAGAUCACGGGCUGAAAAGAGAUGUUUGGAAAAGAAUAAAAGACACAAUCAUUGCAGACUGCAGAAAAUCUGAAGUAUGGAAGAUAUUGAUUCUGGACGCCUUCACCACCAAGCUCCUCUCAUCAUGCUGCAAAAUGUCCGACCUGAUGUCAGAGAAAAUAACAAUCGUGGAGGACCUGUUCAAAAGCAGAGAGCCUGUUCCAGAAAUGAAAGCAAUCUACUUCAUGUCACCAACCGCUAAGUGUGUGGAUGCCUUUAUUGCUGACUUCAAGACCAAACCCAAAUAUAAAGCAGCAUAUGUUUAUUUCACUGACUACUGUCCAGACGACCUGUUCAACAAUAUGAAGCUGUACUGUGCAAAGUACAUCCGAGUCUGUAAGGAGAUAAACAUGUGCUUCAUGCCACAAGAGGCACAAGUGUUCACUUUUGAUAAUCCGGGGGCUUUCCAAAGCAUCUACAGUCCCAACAGUCAGGACAAAAAGAAGACACUUGAGACACUCGCAGACCAGCUUGUCACGCUAUGUGCCACAUUGGAUGAGUAUCCAGGGGUCAGAUACAAGAAAGACAGCAACAUGGAGAACGCCAAGAUCCUUGCAGAGCUGGUGGACACCAAGCUGGUCAGACACUACGAGCUGGAUGACAGCAGCAAGAAAAAGGGAAAGACCCAGGCCCAGCUGCUGAUAGUGGAGAGAGGUUUUGACCCUGUCAGCCCCAUCCUGCAUGAGCUGACCUAUCAGGCCAUGGCUUACGACCUCAUCAAUAUCCAGAACGACACCUACAAGUAUAAAUCUAAAGAUGGCUCAGAGAAGCAGGCCGUGCUGAAUGAGGAGGACAUGCUCUGGGUUAGACUGAGGCACAAGCACAUCGCUGAAGUCUCAGAACAAAUCCCUAAGAUGGUAAAGGAAAUAUCUGCUAGCAAGAAGCAGCCAGAUGGCAAGAUCACAAUUACCAAUUUGGCCCAAAUGAUGAAGAAGAUGCCCUCAUUCCGUAAACAGAUAACCGAGAAAACUGUUCACCUGCAGUUGGCCGAGGACUGCAUGCAACAUUACUCAAACAACGUGGAGAAACUCUGCAAAGCUGAACAGGACCUUGCAGUGGGGUCAGACGUGGAAGGGGUGAAGGUGAAGGAUCCCAUGAGGACUCUUCUGCCUGUGCUGCUCCACCCAUACAGCACCCACGACAAGAUCAGAGCUGUGCUGCUCUACAUCUUCAGCCUCAGUGGAACAACAGACGAGAACUUAAGCAAACUUAUCCAGCAUGUAAAGAUUGAGGAAGAACGAGAGUAUAUCCUGAACUGGAAAGAACUGGGAGUGCCUAUCAUCACGUCGCCUAGUUUCUUCUCUCGCAAACCAUCCAGACGGGAUCGUUCCCAGGAGCAGACGUACAAUCUUUCCAGAUGGACUCCUGUCAUAAAAGACGUGAUGGAGGAUGCCGUAGAGAACAAACUGGACACCAAAGAAUGGCCGCACCAGUCUGAGUGUCCUGCUGCCUGGAAUGGCUCCGGGGCUGUUAGUGCCCGACAGAAGCACAAGGGCAGUGCUCAGGACGAACGCCGGACUGGCUCACGCCUCAUCAUCUUUGUUCUAGGAGGAAUCUGCUUCUCUGAAAUGCGCUCUGCCUACGAGGUCACCCAGGCAGUAAAAUCCUGCGAGGUCAUCAUAGGAUCUUCUCACAUUUUGACCCCGACCAGUCUCCUGGAUGACAUCAAGGCUCUGAGCAAACGCCCCGUGGAGAUUUUCACAAUAGACGAAAGGAGCAACGCCUGAGAAGCCGAACCCUCCAACUAACACCUCCCCAAAUUACUCAGCAUAGUGCACUCAAACUCAAUUUCGUAAAUGGAAAACUGAAGGGAAUCUACCUUAUACUUAUCUUUAUGUUUUAAUACUCUUUUCAAACCUGGUGCACAUUAACAGUAGGUAUGAGGGUGAAUUCUCUUUUAACUUGGUCCUUUCAUGAGGCAGAUUUUCUUCUUGAAGAAAAGCUAAGAAUAUGGCCUGCUUAUGGCAAUUAACAAUUGUCAUUUGACAAUAUAGGUCAUAUUAAAAGUGAAUUGACUUCAUUCUGCUAUGAGCAUUUUAUGUAAAAAUUCUCUAAUCUGCCUAUCUGUGUUUGCCUUUGUCCAUAAAAGAAAUGAUUGGUUGUUAUGUUACAUGUUGAAAGACCUCUGAGACACUCUCAGAGACAUGAUGGUGGAAAGCUAAUGUAUAUACUGUAUGUAAGCACUGAGUCCCUGCUGUGUCAUUCUGACUUUUUUGUCACCGUUGUUAAUGAACACUUUAAUGUAAUUUUGAAGAGUGUUUUUAACUUAGUGUUGACGUCUCUCUUGAACUGAACAACUGACUAAUAAAUGAAUGAAGUGGUUCAAA